AUGGCCCUCGAUUUUCACAUGUGGGCGGUGACGACUCCAGCGGUGGCUCCAUUCGGCUUCAGCCACCAUACGUCACCGAAAUUGAAUGGCAUUCCUUCUCCCUCCAACCACAUUCAAGACCUCGAUGUGACAUUGAACAAAAAUGCCCUCGUCAACCAUUUCGCUGGAUCGACAAGUUAUCCCUUCGCUCGUUUAACGAAGAUCGUCGCUCCCUCUUUCUUUUUUGCUCCACGAACUGUUCCCACGCCUCUGCCCUCUGCAUUCUCACCGGUAACACGCAAUAAAGUCCGUGAGCACACGACACCCCAAUCCUCCAUCAACACUGCCCAAGUGGGCGCUUGCAAGCGCAGGAUGCCCGAAGUCGAAGGUGGCGCCGUGCCAAAUCAAAGCAAGGGAUCGUGGUCUUCUUUUCUCAAGUCGAUUGCCUCUUUCAACGGCGACUUGUCUUCGCUGACUGCCCCAGCUUUCAUUCUCUCUACCCAAUCGCUAGUCGAAUUCUCCGCGUACUGGGCUGAAAACACGUCGUUAUUCAUUGCGCCGACUCAAGAGAAGGACCCUGCCAGACGCGCUCUACUGGUGCUGAAGUGGUUGCUAAACACGCUCAAACAACAGUAUAGCUCUCGGUCGGAAAAACUUGGGUCAGAAAAGAAGCCACUUAAUCCAUUCCUCGGAGAACUGUUCUUGGGAAAAUGGGACGACGAAUUCGGCGAGACAACGCUGGUCUCGGAGCAAGUCAGUCACCAUCCUCCAGUAACGGCCUACUGUAUCACCAAUGAAAAGCACCGCAUUCGACUGCAAGGCUACAACGGUCAAAAAGCCAGUUUCAGUAGAACUAUCCAAGUCAAGCAAGUUGGACAUGCUCUCUUGACCUUAUACCCUCCUGGCAGUGACCGCGUGGAAACCUACCUGAUCACUCUGCCCGCCUUGCAUAUUGAAAGCCUCAUCUACGGAGCACCCUUUGUCGAGUUGAGCAAAUCUAUAUAUAUCGUCUCCAGCACUGGGCACGUCUCCAAGAUCGAUUUUUCCGGCAAGGGUUGGCUCUCUGGGAAGAAGAACAGCUUCACAGCGUCGUUGUGGAGAGAAGGUGAAGGUUCGGAGAAGAAUCCCCUGUAUACAGCGGACGGGCAGUGGUCGGACUCGUUCGUCAUACGAGAAGGCGACAGCAAGAGAGGGAGAGAGAUCGACACCUUCAGGCCUUCAGGUAUCAAACUGUCCAAGCUGAAUGUUGCACCCAUCGAGGAGCAAGAUGUCUUUGAGAGUCGGAGAGCAUGGUCACGGGUUGCCCAGAGCAUUGAGAAGGGUGAAAUGGAUGCUGCCUCGCAUUACAAGUCCAGAAUCGAGAAUGCCCAGCGGGCGCUGCGCAAGAAGGAGCAAGAGGAAAAGAGAAAUUGGGAACGUGUGUUUUUCUCCCCAGCGGAUCCCGAGAACAGAAUGGAAAGGACAUUCGAAGACUUAGUCAAGGUGGUGACCAAUUUCGGUCUCAACAGCUGGGAAGGUGCCGCGCCAGAUAAAACUGCUGGAAUAUGGAGGUAUAGCGAGGAGAAAGCGGCCAAGGCAAAGAAACCGUUCCACAAGGAGGGACUGCUGGCUCUGGGGGAGAAUUCAGAUGGAACCUCUGCACCAGUCAGUCGGGUCCCGACGAACCAGAGCACAUAA